AGUAAACAACAUGGCUGUCUCUAGGCCAAUUGAUAUACAACUUCAAAUGGAAAGUAAAUAUAUACAAAUGCAAUAUUUCUUCUUGAAAUUAUUAAUAUUAGGUUAUAUAAUGUGACAAUAAUUUGUAUGAUUAAAUGACAUCUGAUACAUUUAAUCUUAAAUGUGAGACAUAGUAUAAGAUAAGAUUCGGUCUUUUAUUGAUCCAAAGCCAAACUUCAAACAAAUUUGAAAUGGAAACGUUUUUUUUUUUAUUGCAUUGUACAUUUUCAGUACAUAAAUAAAACAAUUUGAGCCCAAGACAUCUACAUUAAAUUAUUUCACUAGUAAAAAAAACAGCCGUUCAGUGAAUUCUCUCAGGCAUAUCUGAGACACUUAUUAGUUCUCAUUAAGAUUUGUGUCUUCAGGGGGAGCACGCUUGUAAGUUCACACAGAUUGGGGAACAAAAGAAUUUUUAUAUCUUUCAGUCCUCGUCUGAGAGGAAGAAUUCAUCCCAAAUGGGCUAAUCCUAAGUAUCUGUCAUGAGGGUGGGAUGUAUCAUCCAAAAUAUGUGUAGUUUUACAAUAACAUCUUUCUUCAAAUAAAUCUUUAAGGGAAGGGUGUUAAGUUUGUGUUAUGUGUUCCUAGUUUUCUUGAUUAAUCUGUUUAUUCUAUGUUUAAUAUCAGACAAUGAAUUCCCACAUCAGCAGGUAAUAUUGAAAUUAAGUAGGCUUUCAAUUGUUGCACUGUAGAAGAAGUUAACCACUUGUUUGUUUACGCCGAAAUUGUACGUUUUUUUUGAGGUAGAACAGUCUUUGGUUGAAUUUCUUAAACAGCAUUUGGCUGUGCUCAUGCCAUGUUAGCUUAUUAUUAAUGGUGACACCUAAGUACUUAUAUAAGGUUGCAGAUGUUUGAACAGUGGUGUACCAGUAGCAGGAUUAGACUCAGUUUCAGUUAGACUAAGAUUUAAAGAAGUCGGCACUAUAGACAGAGAAACUGCUAUAAAGCUAAGGACAAGGCCUUUUAUUUGCUUUUUUAGAUACUUAAAUUUAUUACUUAUGCCAUGAAAAUGUGUGGCCAUGGGGUGUGAGAGCUUGAAAAGGCCAUAUUAAAUAACAGUUUUAAAAAUGUGUCUAAUAUAGGCCUAUUAUAAUUAUAAUAUAUAUUUCUGUCCAGGCAUCUUUUCAAGCUAAAUCUACUAUCGAGUACUAUUGAUUGUGGCUGAUAGAAUAUGCUAAUCAAGAGACAGAGGUGUUCUUGGCAACAUUUAGAAAUCUUCAGAAUUAUGAAGUUAUAUCUAUGUCAUUACAUGACUCAUGUACCUUAUUAUUUUUAAUAAUAUAAUUUUAAGGUGUUUACUAUUGAUAUUUUACUAUGUUAAAAUCUAAUGUAUUGAAAUGAAUAGUUUAUUAUAACUUUUAUUUCUUAGAGAAUAUGAAUCCAAAACAACCAUCAGGAGGCAUUCAAGGAAGUUUUAUGUAUAGAGGAACUUUAUUCCGACCUUCAUCAGCCAACGUCUCUCUUCAGAGAUGUGUGACUGAAACUGCAUUACAUGAUAAAGAUAAAAAAAAUGGUGUCAGCCAUAUGAAUGAAGAUUUUUUACAUGAAGUGGAAAGCAAGCAUGCCAUUUUAUCUCUAUUACCAAAUCGAGCUCAGAGUGCGAAAGGAAGAUUAGAAAGGGUACUUUCAAGUAGUCCAAAGAUGUGUCCACCAGCUCUGAAACUCAGCGAAAAGACAAAAUCAAAGUUGAAUGUGUCCAAGAAACCCUCUGUUGUCCAUUUAAAUGAAAUGACCAACAUUUCCACACCAGAGACAGUGCUAUUGACUCAUAAAAAAGACAAAGUUAACACAGAAUCUCAGAACAAAAAAAAAGAAAGAGCUUCUUCUGCAAAGUAUAAUGUGAUUUUGCCAAAAUCCAUAGAAACUACAAACAAGAAUAUUAUACAGCCACUUGUUAGUGGCCUUAAUGUUAAUAAAAGACUGUUGGGUGAACAACUAGACAUUUCAAAAGCGUGGGCAAAUAUUGAAAAAGAAUUUCCCUUUAAAGUGUGUACAGAGAGUGAUAAUUUUGAGAAGCAGAUGAAAAAAAUCAAAUCAAAUGAAAAGUAAGUAAAUUUUUGUCCAGUGAAAGCAUAAUUUAAACUGAAUGUGGACAAUUGUUAAUAAACGUAAACUGCAUUUAUUUUUUUAAAAAUCAUUUUAAAUUAUUAAUUUCUUAAAAUUAAAAAAAAUGUUUUUUUAAAUAAAAAACCGUUAUCAUAGUUCUGAAAAUCUUGGAUACAUAGUUUUUAAAUAAAGCCUUUAAUUUCUUUGAUUUCAAAUACAGAGAAUUACCUAAAACACUUGAACCUUUACUACAGUGGUCUGUUGAAAAUGCUUGUGUUAAUGUUAUUGGACUGGAUCCUGGUAAAUGUUGGGUAUUUCUCUCACAAACCUAUGACAAAGAUGAUCUUCCAGAACUCCCAGCUUCACAGGGAUCUGCUGAAAAUCUACCAUAUACAGUUACUGUGGUCACUCCAAGAAAGAAGGUACACUACAUAAGUAGAGCUUAUUGGAUGUUAAUGCAAAUACAUGAGGGUGUCCUAUUUGCGUCUUUUCUUUACCUAAAAAACUAUUUUUUGCCAUAUUUUUAAUCGUAUUGAUAAUUUGGAUUAAAUACAAAGUCUUUUGAAAAAUGAAGACUGACAUACACUAUUAGAUCGGGUUUGAUAUCUGACAACUAAUAGGAUGGAGUGGAUCUGUCACUAUGGGUCACUGGCCAUGUAAGCAUGCAUGAACAGCUUUGGAAAUUUUCAGCACAUGGAGAAGCAAUCAUUUUCAAUAUCGCAUAGAUUUACAUUCGAUCAAGAUUUUGUCUCCAUGAUUUCAUUAGUAUUAAAUCUAUUCAUGAUUAUUUGGGUAAAGAUUCAGAGGAGACACCCAGGAGCUUAUCAGAAAAUUUGCAAGGCUGUUUUGAAAUAUAGUUAGUAUGAACAGAACAAUGUAGUGUAAAAACGUAAGUCAUUAACUUGGCAUUACGUUAAUUAACUGAUUUUGUCAAAUAUUUUGUAAAAUUUGCUCAGCUUUUUGGUUACAUUGGUUACAUUUACAAUCUUUUAGGUUACAAAGAGAUAUAAGCAUCCAUGUGUAAGUAUUACAUUAUUUAUUCAUUAUUCCACUGGUAGGUGUACAUCAAAGCAGCGAUAAUUUAAAAAAAUUGGUAAAAAGAAACCAUGGAGGUAUGGCAAUGAUGCAUGAUUUUUCUUCAUAAUAUUUAUUUCUUUUAUCGUUUUCAAUUUGUUUCAUUGUGUGUAAUAUUUGUCAGCCGCUGAAUACUUAUCACCAUUUCACCAGCUACUCUUAGUGUAACAUUUCCAUCUUACAAUAUCAUAGUUUGAAAAAGAAAUUCCAGAAAUUGAAAGUGAAGACAAAGAUAAAAGGGAUGACAAGAAUCCAAAGGUUAAAAAAAUAUUUAGGUAUGUUUGAUUGGUUUUUGCAUGUACUCUUAGUCUUGGUAAAAAUGCUCAAUUUUUCUAAUGUUGAGCCUGAAAGAUUUUGAAAUAAUUUUGGGGCAUGAAACUAUUUGGAACAAUAGAUUUUAGUUAUUAAUAACUGUUUAAUAAUUUUAUUAAUGGGGUUUUCACAAGAAUCCAUCAACUACACGUGGUAGAGAUCAAAUAAUCUUGGAAAUCGAAGAGUUGGAGAAUCUAAUGAAAGGUUAAGGAUUUUAUAUAAUAAUAGUCAAUUUCAUAUCAUUCUGGUUAGAAUCUUUCGUAAAAUAGAAAAAUUAUAUUAUAAAAUCUAAAUUUAUCGUAUCAAUUUUUUCAAAGUUUAAAAAAAAUUUAAAUGCCUUAAGUUUUUCAGCACAAAAUUACAACCUAAGAUUUUGUUAUCCUCCAUUAAAAUAAGUAAAUAAAUCACUUAUUGUUUUGUCUUAACUAAAAAAGGAUAACCUUAUUGAAGCAUUUAAUACCAGGGAGAAUGUUUUGAUUAUAUAAAUGUUUUAAAGAUCUGAAUCUAAUCUUGAAACUUAAAUAUAACAAUACUACCAUGCCAUUUAACAAAAGCAUUAUUCAAACUCAUCCAAUAGGCAUUGGUUCUAUAAAUAGCACAUGCUCUUUUGUGCAAUUCCAAGAUGAAAUUAAAAGAGCCCAGACCUUAGCAAACAAGUUAAUAAAGAUUAAUUAUGUGUAAGUUCUUUAUCUCAUGUCAUGUCAGCUAAUUCUAUUUCGUAUCAAUUUUAAAUAACUUUUAUUUUAACUUGAUAUGAAAUUUCAAACAGGGUUUAGUUAGAAGAAUUGAAAGAAAAAAAAUGCUUUGAUGAUUCAGUUUACUUUUGGGCAUUGAAUAACUUUGAGGAACACCUAUUUUAAGGGAAAUAACACUAAUUUAAGCAUGAUUUAUAUUUAGUUUAAUUUUUAUACAAUUACUAUUACGUUUAUCGGUCAUUUCAACUUGAUUUAUCCUUAAUUUGAUAAUAUUACUAUUACAUUUAUCAGCUUUCUAUUUUAUAUUUAUUGACUUUCAUUAGACACAAAGAACAAGUACCAAUAAUAAAUGAUUCUGUAAGUAAAUUUUCAAAUUUUUUUUUUUCGAUGAUUAAACUCUUAAUUAAAAUUGUCAGCUAAUAAAAUUUUUGGUACAUAGUGUUGAUUGUGCAAAGGUUACAAUUUGCUCAGUAAAAUUAAGAGAUAUUUCGGUAAAGGAAUCUAAUCAUAUAAUGUAGACAAGGCAAACUGCUUGUUUUUGAUAUAUGCCAAUUACUAAAUACAAAAGUGGUGAGUUGCAAAUCAAAUUUUUUUAAUAUAUUGUAUUCAGUUUGGUCUACUUAAAGUGUACAAGGAGCACGAGGAAAUCAUGAAAAGUUUGCAUGCUAGAAGAAACCAAUGCCUGGAAGAACUUAAUAAGAUGGAAGAACAUUUAGAACCAG